AUGCAUUCUGCCCUUCCACAGGAUGGAGACUCAAGACGUCUUGACGUGAUCAACCGGGGAUUCAGCGGUUAUAAUACCGCCAAUGCAAGACUCUUGAUUCCAAGGAUCUUUCCCUCGGUGCAGGAUAGCCGAGUCCGAUUAAUGACCCUAUUUUUUGGCGCUAACGACGCGGUCAUGACCCAUCAUUCGCAGCAUGUGCCCCUGGAUCAGUACAAGGAGAAUCUCAGGUUCAUCCUGACGCAUCCCGUCAUCCGGGAACAUGGCACCAAAAUCAUUGUUUUGACGCCUCCCCCGAUCAAUGAAUACCAGUUGAAAUAUUUUGAUGCAGCCAAGGGCUUUGACACGCCCAGCAGAACAGCGGCCAACACCAAGCUGUAUGCCGAUGCGUGCCGCGACGUUGCUCAGUCGCUUGGUUUGCCCGUCGCUGAUAUCUGGACGGCGAUACUGAAAUCGGCCGGAUGGGAGGCUGGACAGCCGCUGACUGGAUCGAAAGAUGUCCCUCCGAAUGAGGUACUGGCGAGUCUGUUGACUGAUGGUCUCCAUUUCACCGGUGGGGGGUAUAAGAUCAUGUACGACGAAGUCAUGAAGACACUACGUGCUGCCUGGCCAGAGGAGGCGCCAGAGAGUCUGCCUGAGGUUUUUCCACCGUGGGAGAUUGCUCCAAAGUGA